UCGAAGUUUAUCAUAAAACAUGGAAGCCAGAUACAGACGAUAUAAAGGCAUAUGUAAUCUUUCUCCACGCUUUUGCAGGUCAUAUUGGUCUAUUUGAAUAUGUAUUUUCCAAGUUUAAAGAGAAAGGGAUUGAAGUCAAUGCAUUCGACCGACGCGGACAUGGCCGGACAUGCCAAAAAUAUAAUAACCCUGGCGUUACUGGGGGUUGGGAAGUAGCAAUUAAAGAUAUAUCAGAUUUUAUUUUAAAGAUGCAGGAAAGAAACACUAGAUCAGCUCCAUGUUUUUUAAUGGGACAGAGUGUGCAUAAGUUUGAUGUCAACGAAAUUUGCAUGAAUCCCAAUUUUAUUGAGGAAUAUAAAGCAGAUCAUCUUGUACAUAAAACAAUUGCACUUAAUGAAGCCAUGGACAUUGUAACUAAUGGGAAAAUGAUUUUAAAAGAACACUAUAAAAAUAUAAAAUGUCCUAUUUUGUUGAUGUAUGGAAAACAUGAUAUAAUAACAGACACUCAAGCUAUCAAGGAUUUUGAGGAAAGUAUUCGAAAUCCCAGAACCGAAGAGUCAAAUACUGAAAUAGCAAAUAACGCAAGCCAAGAUGAAACAGCAAACAAUACAGACCGAGCUGAAACAGCAAAUAAUACAGACCGGGCUGAAACAGCAAGUAAUGCAAACCAAGCCGAAAAAAUUAAAAUAAGGGGAUGGGAUAUGAAACAUGCCU